CGGAUUGGAGUAAUCGACUUAAAAUCGCAAAUCGAUUAUUUGAUGUUAUGUCGUCAAGAUCGGAAAUUGAACAUCCCAUGUGUCAUGAAUGUACCGAUAUGUUACUAGACAGUUUGAAAAAAAGCCUGGCCGAUGCUUCUAAAGAAAGAGAUUGUUAUAUAGACUUUCAUAAGAAAGUUAAUGUGAACUCUAACGAAUUGGCUGCAAUUAAAAAAUUAGAGAAUAUCGAGUACGAAAGGGAUGCAUUGAAACAAGAGAUGGCUGCAUUAGAGGAAGAAGCAAAUGAACUUGAUAAGCUUGAAGAAAGUUAUUGGCAAGAAUUCAAUGAUUUUCAUAUUCAGCUACAAACAUUUCUAAAUGAAAGAGAUAGCAUCAAUCUGAAAUUUGUUCAUGAUUCCAAUCAAUUGGAAAAACUCCAAAAAACCAAUGUUUAUAAUGAUGCAUUUUGUAUUGGUUUAGAUGAUCAAUUUGGAACAAUAAAUGGAUUUCGAUUGGGCAGGUUACCUCAUAUACAGGUUGAUUGGAGUGAGAUCAAUGCCGCUUGGGGUCAAACAACUCUGUUACUUUCUACGAUCGCAAAUAAACUUAAUUUUACAUUUCAAACAUAUCGAUUAGUCCCUUUAGGAUCGUUUUCUAAGAUUGAAAAGAUUGAUGAUGAUACAAGUUAUGAACUUUAUGGGUCUGGUGAUUUUUCAUUAAAAACUCCAUUCUUGAAUAAUCGUUUUAAUAAUGCGAUGGUAGCCUACUUAAACUGUUUGCAACAGUUGGGAGAUUAUGCUGAACAGCAAAAUCGUAAAUUAAAAUUACCAUAUCGUAUUAACAAGGAUAAAAUUGGUGAUGUAUCUAUAAGAUAUCAAUUUAAAGGCGAAGAAACAUGGACAAAAGCACUUAGAUAUACUUUAACUAACAUAAAAUGGAUCUUGGCUUACGCUGCUAGUUUAGCAUCAUCAAAAUGA